CGUGACGUCAUAACUUCAUGGCUCACGAACGCUUCUCAAACGUAAAUAAAGAACACUAAUGGCUGCUUAAGUUGAUCCUUUUUGACAUUUUCUCCGGUGUAUUACUGAUUAAUCGUCUGCUUCAAGGUGAAAUUGCUUUCCGUUCAACAGGAGCACAAAAUGUGCAGUGAAUAUGUUGGGUGUGAGGUGUCGGUGGAAGUAGGUGGUGGCUUGGGAUGGUACCAGGGACGGGUGGUGAGUGUUAAUGCUGAGAGGCAGACUAUCACCAUUACUCGAGUGCUUCACAAUGGUCGCCCAGCUGCUCUUUCAGAAGUUACCAUCAAUGCUGGUGACAUCAUAGACUUAAAGAUCCUGUCACGUCCAAGUGAUGGCACUGAUGAACAGCAACAAAAUGUGAAUUCAAAACGAGGACAGCAGCUACAGCAGGUUGUUCAGCCUCAGUCCCUGUCUCAACAGCGGUUACAGAAGCAGCAAGACUGUCCAGAAAGUCAGUGUAUAUCUUACCAGAAAUCAUUGAAACAUGCUCCAUUACAGCAGGCAACAGCUACUGCAGAUGUGACCCGGACAGGAUGCUCGGUGAAUGAUGUGCAGCACAUUCGACGUAAGCCUCGCACAUCUGUAGGCGAAACGCUCGCUCAUGGGCCUCAUUCUUCGGGGUCCAGAGAAUCUGCUGGUGAAUGGCAACGAAUGAACCAAGCCACAUCAACAGUACAGGAAUACAGCUCUCCUCGGCGUAAUGACAGAUACAGCAAUGAUACAUCACGAACCCCUGGGAAAAAAGAAAGACUGAGGCGGGCUCGGGAUGAAACUACCUUUGGUACCCCUAUUGAUGAUGAUAUGCUUACUACAGAGUUUGAUUUUGAAAAGAAUCUUGCUCUCUUUGACAAACAGGCUGUAAUGGAGGAAAUUCAGAGUUUGAAACCAGAUGUUAUACGCCAGGCUGACCGCUAUGCUGAGAAAAAUUAUAGGUGUGACGAGAACGUUUUGCCCUCGAAACCACCAGUAAAAAGGCAAAUCAUUGUUCCCACAUCAGGUGCUGCUGAGGUUAUAUAUGCUAAUGAUAGUGGACUACUUGUACCUUCUGUAACCAGUGAGCUCCGUGCUGCCCUCCUAUCCACAGCAAAUCAACAUGGCCUCACAAACUCUCGCCAGCUGGAGAUGAUUGGACGAGCUGCUACUGAGAUCAUACUUUCUCUUAGUGGUGGUAGCCACAGGUUGGGGACAGGUAAUAGCCAGCAGCCUCCAAUUGUAGUAUUGCUUUGUGGUUGCCAUUUACAAGGUGCAGCUGGUGUUAAUACUGCCCGACACUUAGAAAGUCAUGGAGUGCAGACUGUUGUAGUCACCAAUCAGAUGUCUGUUUCACCUCCACCUCCUCUACUACUUACUCAUGAGCUGCAGCUCUAUAACCUCACCAAUGGCCGUACAACAUCUGAUCCCCGAGGCAUUGUGCCCACUCUUGAUCUGAUAGUUGAUGCUCGACUGGAUCACAGUGGACGGGCGGGUGAGGGUGGAUCUGGUCAAGCCUGGUUAAACUUGACUUCUGCUUGGGCAUCAUCAUGUCGUGCACCUAUUUUUGCCCUAGACCCACCUAGUGACCUGGCAGCAAUACCAUCGACUCAGCCGCCAUUACCUGCGCGUGUUCUUCUAUGUCCUGCUCUUCCAUUAGCAUACACUCCUGCUCGUGGGAAAGUGUACCUUAUGAACUUGCCCAUACCCCAACAAACAUUUCGAGCUGUAGGCAUAAAGUAUGUGUCCCCAUUUGGAGCCAAGUUGGUUAUUCCACUUCAUCCUUGUGAGUAAUAUGGAAUACAGUCGAUCAUCUAAGAGAUUUUGCUGAAUGAUCUGAGCAUUUAUUUAUUGUUGAAGUACAUUUUCAUCUUGUUAGUACUGUUUUUGUAAUAUAUGGUAUAUAUAUAUAUACAUAAUAUUAAUCAGUAUUGAACUAUAUUUUUACAAAAAGUUAUAAUAAAUUAUAAAAUAUUAUUAUUAUUAUUAAAGUACUGUAAUCACUACUUUAUGUAAUGCAAAGCAUGCUUAUGAUCUGAGUCUUAGAGAGAGGGUGACAUGAUUUUCCCUUGUAUAGUAUGCAAGUAAACCCUCGCUCUAUUCGGUCUUGAUUUAACGGACUUGUGAAAUAGUGGACGAAAUCCAUUGAAUAAAUAGCAUUUUUAACUCCUUGCUUUUCAAUGUUUAUGGCAAUAUAACUGUAAAGUGUGUGUGUACUAUUGUAUUAAGUAUACAGUAGAAUACUUUAAGGAGUUUUCUGAUAUUUUUUAACAUUAUUCUGAUUUAGCAAACACUUGGAAAGUCCCUCGUAUUAGUCCGUUUUAUUGAGAGUUUACUGCACCUUCUUCGAUUUUUAUUAUAAUUAAACUUAAAUUUCUCAGCAAAAUAGCUAUCGUCAUCUCUGUACAAGGAAAUAGUGUUAUUUUCACCCCUUCGUAGAAUAUGAUGUACAGUACAUUGAAACUUGGUACAACUGUUGUUUAAUAACUUGAAGCAAAGUUUCGAGUAGUUAGCACAUGAUUAAUACUGUAUCUCGAAAAGUCAUCUGUAAUUAAUACCGAUCUGUAUACAGUACAAUAAGAUUUUUUUGUUGUUGAAAAUAUUGGAGAUGACUUUGAAAAUUUAUUAUUACAUUAUAUCAAAUUAAAUGCUUUGACAAUCUAUUAUAUGAUGAUUUUAGUAGAAUUUCAUGUCAUGUAAUAGUUAAAAGCUGUAAUCUGUGUUAGCUAUUUAUACUAAUAGCUAAAUAUCAUGAUGUAAUGUCUGUCAGAAAUCACCAAAUAUUAAAAGUUACUAUUAACUUUAUAAAAAUAUUUUAAUAGUCAUGUGUAUUCUUCAGAAAGUAAUAAAGUAAAAAUGUUUUAUUUACAA